GGCAAAGGCGGCCGAGAUUCAAACCCCAUAACAGAGCGGGGAGCGGAGGAGCAGCAGCGUCCGUUAACAUUAUUUCCGUGUCCACUUGUCCCCUGUGUCCUUCCUGGCGGCGUAGAAGCGAACAGCCCGGAAGAAGAAGAAUCCAGGUGCUCGAGGAGUAACUUUCCUUGCCAGAGCCGUCCAGGAAGUCUGUCCUCAGGUGUGAUGGAUGAGAAUGUUGUCUUUCCAAGUAUGGGCAGCACGGACUCCCUGCAGCAAGAGUCUGUCCCCAAAGCAAAGAGUGGUUCAGGCCAGCAGCUGGGGCAGCGUUCUCCCCUGAAGGACAUCCUCAACACUAGCCCCUCUCAGCCUAGGGUCAUGAAGCAGACAGCAGGCAUGCCAUCACGUUUUGAGUCAGUGCGUCAGCUGGAUGAGGAGGCUGAGUGGCGGGAGAGGACGGAGGUGGUGACUGCGCUUGACCACCACCACAACAAGGGCAUGGCCAGGGACCUGUUGGAGCAGGCACUCCUAGGAGCCGUGAACAGGUCACAGACAAGGACAGACGCAGGGCCAGUGGCAUUCCGUGAAGUGAAGAAUGUUUCCGUAAUGGACUCAGGUGAGCGGAAGUACUGUUAGCAGAAUGACAGGGUU